AUGAGUGAAUUUCCUCCUAAAGAAGUACAACUCCUUGUUACGGAGAUCUCCGGGAUUUUGCGACUGAGAAACCAAACAUUGGGGGUAUCUGAGGCAGCAUGUGGUGGACUUAUUUCUGCAUACUUGGUUUCAGUACCCGGAGCUUCCAACUUCUAUAUUGGUGGUAAACUUGUUUAUUCCCUUAAGCAAAGAUUGAAACUUUCAGGUUGGUCAGAUAGCGAUAUUUCCCAUUAUAUGGGACCUUCGGAAGAAGUUGCCUUAAGACUUGCUCGCACCACAAAGUAUGAACUUGGAUCUACUUUUGUAUUAUCAGAAACAGGUUAUGCUGGUCCUGGGACUGAUUUGCAUUUGAAUGACUCGAUUAAGGUUAAAGAGAAUAAUGGUAGUGAAGUUGGUACUGUGUUUUUGGGAUUACACGGACCUAACCUUGAAGUAUCGACUACAAAAAGGACCACUAGUCAAGUCCGGGCUUUGAAUAUGGCCCAAUUUGCAAAGUUUGCUUUAGAAUUUCUACUUGAACAAUUGAAAGCUCAAUAA